AGAAGCUGGGAAAAGCAGCAGGAGUGGCUGCUCAGAAAGCGAGGAGAGGAUUCCUGGGGGCUUUACAUACCACCGACCAAGAUCUGCUUACAGCAUUAGGUUGGGAAUGGAUUCUGCUUACCCCAGCAUUUUAUUUCUGUGAAAUUGCCUGAUCUUCUGCACUGCCACCUACCUCUUUUGCAAUAGCUCUCAGCUGUCAGGUGAAAACUUUAUGAAGCUGUUAGAACUAAAGCAAAGCCAGACAAGUCUCACUUUCUGCAUUGUUUCAACUUGGGGAAUUUGUUAUUGAAAGAACUAGUGGAGAAUUAUUGAAAAGAACGAAAACAUCUGUACAGUUUUGUGCACUUGAGAACGGCAGAAAUACCGACCCGAGUUUUCCUGGCUUUUAUGCAAAUGUUUUUUGGAGAUGAUUCAGAGAGCACGGAGGUGACAGCCCUGCCUUCAGCUGCCCUGGUAAUCGGUGCUCUGCUGCCACAUCUUGCUAAAGGAUUCAGAAGAGGCUGAUCUACGUCACAGGGAAGAAAUCUUGUCCACAUACUCUCUUCACCCGGGCGUUUCUGGAUGAGGACGACUGAGGUGUGUAUAUGGGGCUGGGAGAUACCGAUGCAGAGAAGACUGGGAACUGUUUGAAAGUGGCAUUAAUCAAAGGUUGCAGGAGGUGGUGGCUUCACCAGAGACUUUCCUGUGACAUAUUAAUUGAGCUACAUUUUUGUGGCUACUUAACUCUGACACCAUAUUUUUGCAUGGACAUUAAAUGGCACCUUGUAGGAACUUUGGCAGCCUGCAUUGUAAAGUCCCACAGAAGCAGAGAUAUUUUUUGAGAUUUGAAACUAAGGCAGGCAAUAAUUGUAAACAUUUUUUGCUGCUUGUCCUAAAUAGUAUUUCAGCCUUUUAUGUUCCUCCCUACCUGCAGUUCUUCAACUUUGACUUUGUACAAAUUAUCAAAUUAAUGCUAUCAUGAGAGUGCGGUACUGAGCCAGACGAUGGCUGUCCUUGUUGCAUAAUGCAGAGAGCUUCGGCCAGAGGAGUUUUUAGCAAUAGUGAAGAAGGGCGGAGUAUGGAGGACACACACUCUGUAAUUGAGGAUCAAAGCUAAUUGUUUCUGCUUCUCAAUCUGUACAUGAGCUGUUCAGCUGCAAAAGGCAGAAGUGUGAGGAAGCAUCUCUCAUCUAGAUACUUUGUCAUCAGGGAGAAGUGAAGAGGGAGGGCUUUCAGAAGUGGCACAAAGCUGAAGAUGGAUAUUAAGAGCCUGAAGAACUAUCUCUAUUGGCUGUACUGCCAGUUUGAACUAAUCACCUGCAGCUAUCUCAUGGAGCCCUGGGAAAAACUGCUUUUCUACACUUUCAACAUUACUAUGUUAGUUAUGGUAUUAUACACUGCUUACAUCUUUGUCCCUGUCCACAUUAGCACGGCUUUUCAAUUCUUCUUGCACUUACUUGGAAACCAACAUGAAAAUACUGUUUCUGUCGUGAAGUAACAUUGGCAACCUGACACUGACUUUUGGAUCAAAGAACUGUUUUUCUUAACACUCCAUUUUUGUUUAGAAACAGGUUCAGGGUGUGUGCAAACACUGUUUUAUUCUGCAGUAUCUCUUAACGUUCUUCUGUAUUCCGGGACUCUCUCACAGCAAAUUAUUUUGCCAAAACAAUUUCAAUCAGUCCUUGUUUUUAUUGUUUGACUGACUGCUUCUUAAAGAGCUUUCAAUUUUAAAGACUGGCUGGAGUUAUGAAGCUGGGUUUGGUACAGAAAUGACUGUGCUGCGUAUUUUGUUAUUCCAGGGAGAUCUGCUUGGAUAUUGAGCGGUUUUCAUCUUGAGAAAUUAUAUGGCAUACAUUUGUUCUUGUCUGCCAUGGCCUUGCUGAUAGGAGAGAUGUGUGCACAAAAGGUUUUGCACACUACACAACUAUAAGCUGCUUCUCUAAGCUUGGUAUGCAUGUAUUUAUAGAAUGAUUUUAUUAUUUAUUUAGUUCCCUCAAUUAUUUAAUACAAUGAAUUACUUGACUGCUUCAUCAUCAUUGUGCAAAUAAUGCAGUUAAUUUAUUAAAAAUGUGGGGAUUUACUUCCAUGAAAAUUUAGAAUAAAAUUAUCAUAUUCUUGAACUUUAUAAAAAGAGAUAAUUUUUGUUUUAUUUUUAGAAGACUGGUAAAGCAUGCAUAUCAUAUACAGAACAUGAAACUACAUAUUCAGUUGUGGU